UCCAUUCCAUUCUCCUCAUUUACAUUGGAAAUUUUACAAACCAAGCAUUGACAAGCAAUCUAUUAAGCAAUUCUCAAAAAAAAUGGGCAGCACACCAAACUCAGCCGACGUCCAGGUCGAGCCAAUCACAGACGCAAAAGACCUCUCCCAGGCCUUCUAUGUCUCAAGCGAGGCCUUUGGCCGACAGAUCAACGACGCAAUAUGGGUGUCCCUCAAUCCUGACUGGAAGACUCCCAAGGGCCAAGAGUACGGCACCUCCCGACUCGUAAGAGCUUGGAACAAAAUCAACAAGGACCGCGAGGGCAACCCGAACACGGUGUACCUCAAGGCUACUCUACCUGUCACCAGCGAGGACGGCCAAACGGAACGACGAAUCGUCGGAUUCGCGAUCUGGAACCAGCUCUCUGUCGUGCCUGGUUACGGUGAGGUGCCGUCGCCCGAGCUUGGUGACGCGGUAGAUAUUCUGGAUCCCACUGAAGCGAGGUUUGCGAGUCAAAUGUUCCGCUCGCUAUGGAAGCGGAGGAUCGAGUAUGUAAAUGAGAAGGCAACGUCAGACCCGCCUGCGAUCUUCACGUUGGGCCUUUGUACUGUCGACCCGGCGUUCCAAAAGAGGGGUAUCGCGAGCAAGUUGGUACAGUGGGGGCUCGAUGAGGCGAAGAGACGACAUGGUGGGCUUGAAUGCACGACAGAGGCUUCGAGGAUGGGGAGGUCGGUUUACCAGAGGCUGGGAUUCAAGGCGGAAGGGGAUGAGGAUAUUGUCUUUGAGGUUGAUGAGGAGUUCAAGUCGAGGGAUAAGCCGCCGAAUCUCUUCUUGCGUACUGGCAUCGCCUAAUAGAAUGGGGAACAUCUGUUAGCGAUCAUGCGUAUGCAAGGAGCCGAGUGUAUGGCUUUGAUGGAUAGGAUGGCUUUAACAUAUCAUUAUGUUUUGCAUAGCCGGCGAUAGUCGAUAUCUAGCAUAUCUAGCGAUUGCAUGCAAGAAAUCAAACGAAGUUUCAUCAUGAA